AUGCGUGUCGGAGGUCGACUUUCUCUACCUUCAUUGCAUAAUUACCAGCAGCAUCCCAUGCUACUUCCUUCUAAUCACUUUAUCACUACUUUAAUAGUGCGAGAAGAACACGCUCGCUUAAUGCAUGCCGGGGCUCAAGCUACUCUAUACUCUGUUCGUCAAAAUUAUUGGCCCAUAAAUGGUCGAAAUACUGUACGAAAGAUAUUGCAUCAGUGCAUUCGUUGUUUUCGCGCAAAGCCGCGUCUUGCCGAUCACAGCUCUGGCCUUCUGCCUAAAUGCAGAAUUGAGCAAUGCCGUCCAUUUUUAAAGACGGGAAUUGAUUUUUGUGGUCCUUUGUUCAUCAAGGAAAAACGAUUCCGUAAUCGUAACAAAGUCAAAGUAUAUGUAGCUGUUUUUGUAUGUAUGGUCACCAAGGCCGUACAUUUAGAAUUAGUUUGCGACCUCACUAGCGAAGCCUUUAUUGCGAGUUUAAGGCGCUUUUUUGCCAGGCGCGGGAAAUCCGCGGAAAUACACUCCGAUAACGGUACCAAUUUUGUUGGCGCUUGCCGAGAAAUUCAGGAACUUUUUAACUCUUCUGAAUACCAAAUUGCUCUCGGAAAAUUUCUUAACGACGAACGCAUAACUUGGCAUUUUAUACCUCCCAGAGCUCCUCACUUUGGAGGAUUUUGGGAAGCUGCGGUUAAAUCAUUCAAAAAUCAUUUAUUACCCACUGUAGGUGAUAAUGUAUUAAUAUACGACCAAUUGGAAACAUAUGUAGUUGAGAUAGAAGCAAUAUUAAAUUCCAGACCCUUAUCUCCUAUGUCCUCAGACCCCAAUGACCUUUUACCCUUAACCGCUGGUCAUUUUCCAAUUGGUGGUCCCAUGACUAGCUUGCCUGACAUCAAUUUUAUCGAUACACCAACGAAUAGGUUGUCUGCUUGGCAACACGCUCAAAAACUAAAGCAGCAUUUCUGGACUCGCUGGAAUAAGGAAUAUCUCAACAACCUAAUUCAACACCCGCACUUAUCCAAACAAGAAAAUCUUCAGGUUGGUCGAUUAGUGAUGCUUCGAGAAGACAACGUGCCCCCAUGA